AUGGCGCCCAUCUUCCUCCACUCUAGCGAUAGCCUAGAGGGCUUGAUCCAUCUAUUCAACAUCAUAAUCGAGUGGCUUUCUCAGCCUCACAUCCUUGCCGUGAUCCUAGCCUGGGCGGUUACCUUUACCGCAGUCUGCACCUUGAUACUUUGCCUGGGCUUUGGACCGAUUGGCAUCGGAGCGGGAACACUUGCUGCUGCAUUCCAGUCGUGGGCGUAUGGAGCCCUCACCCCCGCCGGCGGAAUAUUUGCGACAUUGACGAGCAUGGCGAUGCUGGGCACUUAUAUGCCUGCUGCGUCUAUUCUGGCUGCUGUGGUUGCGACGGGAGCGGCCAUAGUUGUUUGGGUCUUGGGCGUUGGGCGAUGA